AUGGACCACUUGAAUGAAGAAGCACUCUGCCGAGAUGCGCUGCGGGUGGAAGCUGCGGUUUUAGAGCUCGACAAGGUGGGACUAAAUAUCAAAACCGAGCAGAACGCGCUUACUCGUCGAAAGAUAUGCAGAGUUCGAUAUUUGCACGUGCUUUGGGUACAUGCUAGCCCAGAGGAGCUUACGAUUCAUUAUGUGAGAGAGCGGCAAAAAGUACUGCAACCCACGGCGAAGGUGUUCUCUCUACAAAAUUCGGCGACCUCUUCAACUCGGUUAGAUGCCUGGGUCCAAUUGCUUCUGCACCGCGCCUAUGGUGAAUCGAAAUCACGAAAGAAAUUGAAGAUAUUUUUGAAUCCAUCUUCUGGCAAAGGUACCGCCGUCAAAUUUUUCCGUAAAUACGCGGAACCCUUAUUUGUCGCGGCACAAUGCCAGGUGGACAUACGAGAGACUUCUUACUCCGGCCAGGCUGGCGAGCUGGUGAGAGCACACUUGGAAAUUGAUUCAUGGGAUGCUAUAGUCUGCUGCUCCGGAGAUGGUCUACCACACGAAGUUAUCAAUGGUCUUGCACUGAGGAAUGAUGCUGGCCACAUUUUGAGGAAAAUUCCUAUUGUUCAGCUUCCUGGAGGUUCUGGAAAUGCAUUGUGUGUCAACAUGUUCGGGACUACCAGCAUUUCCCUUGCCGCACUCUACACCAUCAAGGGUGUUACGCAUCCCAUGGAUCUGAUGUCCAUUACGCAAGGGAAUAAGAGACACAUAUCUUUCCUGUCACAGAAUCUGGGCUUACUAGCUGAAUGUGACCUUGAUACCGAGGGAAUGCGGUUCUUGGGUGGCAAGAGGUUUGCAGUCGGCUUACUGCAACGUCUGCUCAAGCCUCCUGUAUACGGGUGUAAGCUGGCGACUUACAGUGCUUCUAAUCAAUGCUCAAGAGAUUCUAUGGGUGACCAAUCCUGCGAUCAAACGAAAGAGAUGUGUCAGCAUGGGUUGCCUGAUUUACAAUUUGGGACCGUCAAUGACCCUGUUCCUGACGGCUGGAAGCUCGAGCAUCUUGAAACACUAGGAGUGUUCUUCGCUGGUAAAUUUCCUUUUGUGGAUGCUACAUCCAAGGUGUUCCCUAGCGCAAGACUUGACGGAUUGCUAGAUAUCUUAACGGUCGAUGCUGGGAUAGGGGCUAGAAAGCUUUUGCAAUUAUUCAGCAAAGCGGAGCGCGGCACACAUCUUACAAUGCCCGAGGCCCAGUAUCGGAAAGUGCUAGCCUACCGAGUCGUUCCCUCCGGGACUCAUGGCGCUUUUAGUGUGGAUGGAGAGAGAUUUCCAAUCAAACCAUUUCAAGUGGAAGUCCAUCCGCAAAUGGGCAUGACAUUGACCACUCCACCCAUAGUAGGGUGA